AUGGCAGAAGUUCAUUCAGAUAAGGAUAAAAAAAAUAAUAAGAGUAAAGGCAAAAAGAAAAAAAUCAGUCCCAAAACGGACUAUUUUCUGAGCCAAGGAAUUGCCUAUGUCGACUACAAAGACAUUGCUACUUUACGUAAGUUUAUUAAUCGUCAGGGGCGGAUUAAUCAUCACCAGCAUACUCAAUUAGUAACUAAGACCCAACGUCAAUUAACCAGGGCUAUCAAAAGAGCCCGUCAAAUGGCUCUUUUGCCUUAUACAAUAGUAGAACAAAGAGAACCAAUUUAUACCAGUUCCAAAGGUCGAAGUUCUGGUUAUACUAGUGGUGCUUAUGGAGGAAGAAGUUUCG